AUGUUGCCACGUUGUCGAUCUGUCGACAAUGAUCCGCCGGGCGUGAUCCGUGAGUUGUGAUCCGCAGCGGCUAGCGGCAAUCUAGCACACAGAGACCAGUACUAACACCUAACAGAAGAAGUUGCUGCUUUAGUUAUUGA